AUGGUCUUCGUCAAAAAUCCGACCUCAUCACUCUUGCUUUCCUCCUUCGUGAAGAUGGUAGGUUUGCAAAUAUCACUCUUCGUUUACCUCGCCAUUUGGGCAACUGUCGUCCUCUCUCUCGGCGCCAGCCCGUCAAUGGAGGGGAUGGAGGAGUCAAUGGCGCUUCAACGAGAGCAACUCGAGCGGUUGCGCGGUUUUCUGGGCCCCGAUCCCUCUAACAUCCACGAAAAGCGUCAGACACCUACGGCUUCAUUUGCGAACGUAAGAGCAAGAGAAUUCUUUGUCGACGGGAAGAAAAUCCCUCUUGUAAACUUCGACGCUGGUCCCUCUUGGGCAGGUUUGCUACCCAUAUCUGGAGCUCGCAACGAAACGAGGAAGCUUUUCUUCUGGUUCUGGCCUGCCACCAACCCGGAACACGCUAAAGACUUAAUAUUCUGGACUAAUGGUGGCCCUGGUUGUUCGUCUAUGGAGGGAUUUCUACAAGAAAACGGGCCUAUUUCCUGGUCAUGGGGCCAAGCAGAACCCACACCCAAUCCAUUCUCCUGGACUAACCUGGGCAAUGUUUUGUGGGUUGAACAGCCCGUUGGAACUGGUUUCUCACAAGGACAACCGAACAUCUCCAACGACGAUGAACUCGCAGCUCAAGCUACUGGAUUCUUGGAGCAGUUCCUGAACGUCUUCGAAGAACUCAAGGGUAACAACUUCUAUAUUACGGGAGAAAGUGUACUCGUUGAUGUCGGCGCUGACCAAUUCAUAGAUGUGCCAUACAUCGCCAAUUGGAUAUUCGAACACCCCGGUCUUGAUCUCAACUUGAAGGGUAUUUGGAUCGCCGAUCCUUCCCUCACUUGGGGUGUAGUUCAACAGGAGAUUCCAGCACUGCGCUUCGCACGAGCGCACCAAAAUGUAUUCCCUUUCAACAGCUCUUUCUGGGCUCAACUGGAGCAAAUAUCUGACGCCUGCGGCUACACCGACUAUCUCGACAAAUUCCUUACCUAUCCACCUAAAGGACAGCUGCCGUUCCCUCCUGCAACCAACGGGACGUCAACUGUCAGCGCUGGAUGUCGCAUCCACAAUCUCAUCCAACGAGGAGUGAACCUGCUCAAUCCCGUGUUCAACACCUAUCGCGUCACCGACACUUUCCCUAACCUCUGGAGCGUACUUGGCUUCCCUCGUGCCACCCAGGAAUUCAUUUACUUCAAUCGUACUGAUGUCCAAGAUGCGAUACACGCACCGCACAUUAACUGGCAGUCCUGCUCCAACAUCAAUGUCUACAUCGACCCAGCAACCGGCCGAGGCGGGAGAGAUCAGUCAGUUGCCUCCACGCUUAGCGUCCUCCCCAACGUCAUCGAAAAAUCAGAGCGAACGGUUAUCGUACAUGGUCUUGCCGACUACAUCUUGAUCGCCGAGGGUACUCGUAUCGCCAUCCAAAAUAUGACGUGGGGAGGAGCCCAAGGCUUCCAAACCCCCAUCGAGCAAGAAACCUUCACUGUACAAGACUUCGGCGUCUUCGGUCACACCCACACAGAGAGGAAACUUACCUACGUCGAAUUCCUCUUCAGUGGUCAUAUGACGCCCCAAUUCGUCCCUUGGGCAGCGUUCAAUACGAUGUCUUACUUGCUGGGGCGCUCAGACUCAGUUUCGACGUAA